AUGGGGUCAAGGCAUUAUGGUCUAACCACAAAAACCACAACUGAUAAGCUCUAAUGGCUAGUAAUAAUGGAGUUGAAGUUGAAAUUGUUGCAAGAGAAACCAUCAAACCAUCCAAACCUACUCCCUCGAACCUCAAAACAUUCACAUUUUCACGUAUUGAUCAAUUCAUCCCUCCCAUCUAUUUUCCUUUGAUUUUCUUCUACCCUUAUAUUGACCAUCUUGUAGUAGCUAAAGAGAGAUCUUUGCUUCUCAAGGCAUCUUUGUCAAAUGUUCUAACUAGAUACCAUCCUUUCGCCGGAAGAAUCAAAGACCACGUCUCCAUCGAAUGUAACGAUGAGGGGGUUUUGUUUGUUGAAGCUCGAGUCAAUGGUGUUUUGUUUGAUGUUUUACAACAUCCGAAUGUUGAGCAACUCAAGAAGUUCAUACCUAGUGAGCCCCAAUCGGAAAAUAUAGCAAUGGGUAAUUUGCUUUUUCAUUCUUUAAGGUUGUUUCUUAAGUUCUACUAUUUGAUAUGCUUUGCUAACACUAACAUAUUUUCAGUUACAUUACAAGGUAAUUUGAUUCUUGUACAAGUGAACUUCUUUCAAUGUGGUGGCAUGGCAAUUGGUUUGUGCUUCUCACACAAGCUUGCCGAUGCAACUACCAUCGCCACAUUCAUGAAGGAUUGGGCAUCCACGACACUCAAGUCUGAUACCGAGGUAUUGGUUCAUCCAGAAUUCAUUGCUGCGUCUCUUUUUCCUCCUGUAGACCAAAUGUUUCCUCCCAAUAAUCAAGCUCCUCGACGCAUCUCCGUGCGUAGAAGAUUUGUUUUUGAUGAAUCAAACAUCGUUGCGCUCAAAGCCUUAGCUUCCAGCACAGGCAAUCAACAACCUACUCGCGUAGAAGCUGUAACUGCACUAAUUUGGAAUUGCGCAGUGAAAACAUCAAGAUCAAUCCUAGGGCCGUCGAGACCAUCUUUGUGCUUCCACGCCGUGAAUUUAAGAAAACGAUUUUCGCCACCAUUGUCGGAACAUACGAUUGGCAAUCUCUUAGGGGCAUUUGUCGCACAAAUUGAAGAAACUCAUGAGAUAGGAUUACAAAACUUGGUUAGUCAACUAAGGAAAGAAAAACAAGAGUUUAGAGUCACGGGGGACACUGAAAAACUGUUCAAGGUUGAUGUCAUGGCAAGGUUCGGACAAACGAAAGAUGUAGAUAUCUUUAGUUUCACGAGUUGGUGUAGGAUGCCAUUGUAUGAAGCUGAUUUUGGGUGGGGGAAGCCAAUAUGGGUUGCACCAAUCCGAACAAUUGACCCACAUGUUGUGAUGUUGGUGGACACAAGAGAUGGUGAUGGAAUUGAGGCUUGGGUAUACUUGACUCAAGAAGAGAUGACCAUAUUUGAAUGUGACCAAGAAUUACUUUCUUUUGCUUCUAUGAACCCUAGUGUUCUCUCCGAACCCUUUUAGUACGAUCAAGUUUUUGUAAUAAAUGGAUCUUGGGACUCUACAAUUCCCUAC